GAGCCUGUGAUGUGCGCCAGCGGAGCGGCUGAAUUUUGGCACCCUGGUGAACUUCUGAGGAGACAGAAGCGCCAAGGCGCCGAAAAGCACCUCAUGAGACGCAGAGACUGAGGCAGCUCUGCAGGGAUCAUUUCACAACUGAAGAAACUACGCGUUUUGACUUCAAAUCUAGCUUCGUGCGCAGGGUUGGAGAGCUUGAGGUUAACUUUGAGCUUUCUCUUGUUCGACUGGCUAGAGAACGCAGGCAUCGGCGCAGGCUACCCUUCGCAGGGAAACACCAGUAUCUUUUUAUUAGCGAACCAUUGUAAAUAUUGCAUUAUAUCAACUUUAUUUCACUUUGUGUAAGACAUUCUGUGAUUGCUGCUCACAUGAGACAGUCAGUUAUGUGCGCGUCUCCAAACGAGGACGCACGGAGAUAUGCCGAGAAGUGUCGAGAUUAUUUACGCUAAUUCAAUAUCCUAUAUUCAUAGUCGCCUCGCAGUAAACGACGAGACAAAAACGACAAAAUUAGAUAAUUAUAAAUUGCAUCUCCCGGUCUUUCUGACAGUUAAUAAUCCACAGCAAAACGGAUCAAUUCCCGUGCGUUAAAGAAGUUUUAGCUCCUCGGGCUGUAUUGUAACUGCAAAGGUCGAUGCCGAGCAGUCAGUGUCACAGAAAUUUACUUCUGUUUUGGGGGAGAAAUCUGUUCGACAAGGUGGAAAGGCGUUUUAAUUGAAAGGCACUGAUCCGUGUCUUGACGCACUGGCCAGGACUGUUUGUAUUCUUAAAAUGGACUUGGAAGACCUGCCGUGGAGGAUGCAAGGGAGCUAACGUUUGGAAACAACAGAGACUAAACGAGAACAACUGAGACACCUGGAAAGCUAAACCCAGCAUGGCCUCGGUUCUGGACAGUGGCUGCUCCAUGGAGCUGAGCGGCUGGAACAGCAGUGUGAGCAGCUCCGGAGCCUCCGUCCCCUGCAACCAGAGCGUCCUGAAGCUCGCCCCUUACUCCCCUGAAGCCACGGCGGCCUUCGCCACAGCCAUAACCUUGAUGGUCCUGUUCACCAUCGUGGGGAACAUCAUGGUCAUCAUCGCAGUCCUGACCAGCCGGUCUCUCCGAGGUCCGCAGAAUCUGUUCUUAGUGUCACUGGCUGCUGCGGACAUUUUAGUGGCCACACUCAUCAUCCCCUUUUCUCUGGCUAAUGAACUUCUUGGUUACUGGUACUUUAAGUCUCUGUGGUGUGAGAUCUACUUGGCGCUGGAUGUGCUUUUCUGCACCUCCUCCAUUGUGCACCUGUGCGCCAUCUCACUGGACCGCUACCUGUCAAUUUCCAGGGUUACUUACGGGCGUCAGCGGACUCCCAGACGCAUCAAAGCAGCUAUCGUGGUGGUGUGGCUCAUCUCUGCCAUCAUUUCCUUCCCUCCUCUGCUCUCAUUGAACAAAAGCGAGGCAGGGAACCAGGGGAGUGAGAGAGGACCACAGUGCCAGCUCAAUGAUGAACGGUGGUACAUCCUUUACUCCACCAUCGGCUCCUUCUUCGCCCCGUGCCUCAUCAUGAUCCUGGUCUACAUAAGAAUCUACCAAAUAGCAAAACAGAGGACACGACGCCCGCCAGGUGAGCCCAGGAAGGAUGGGGUAGGCUGUGCCACACCAAGUCAACCUCCACGGCAUGUACAGGCUAAUGGGAAGGAUGAGGAAGAAAGCACACCCCCUUCAUCCAACAAAACCUCCAAUGCUAGGCCCCCCACCCUUGCCAUCACCCCUUCUCCAUCCCCAGGAGAGUCUCAAGCCUCCCAGAAUCCCACAUCCAAUAAUCUCCUGCAACCUCCGUCCCCUUCUCCAACCAUGACCCCUGUCACAGCCUCCCAUGAUACCUCUCCCCAUGGCCCCUCAACCCCCUCUUCUGUGCCUCAGUCUGCCCCUGCCAAGACUAAAGAGGUGGGGAAGAAGGGCAAGCGACAGGGAGGGAAAAAAGCCGACAAUAACAAUGGCGACAGCUCAAGCACAGAGAGCGAUAUGGAGCACAGCCAUGGAGGAGGCAGAUGCAGCACCAGCAUGCCCGGGUCACCUGCAGGAGGGGGGAUCCACUCCCCAGCCUCAGUCAAGCGCUACAGGGACAUGAUAGCCACUUCAAAGGGGGCUCGGCUGGUGCCAGGGAGGAAGUCAAAAACAGACAACAACCCUGGGGCAGCGAGGCGUAAAGCGAUGGUGAAUAGAGAGAAACGUUUCACCUUUGUUCUGGCAGUGGUCAUCGGCGUCUUUGUGGUGUGCUGGUUCCCAUUCUUCUUCUCCUACUCUUUACAGGCAGUGUGCCCGAAGACCUGUGCUAUCCCUGAUCCACUCUUUAAGUUUUUCUUCUGGAUCGGUUACUGCAAUUCUUCACUCAACCCAGUCAUAUACACCAUCUUCAACAAAGACUUCAGAAAGGCCUUCAAAAAGAUACUGUGCAGAAGCACCAAAGGCACUUUCUUUUAGCAUACAAAAUGUGCUGUACAGGACAUGGACACAAAAAAUUUGCUGUUUCUGAGGCAUAAAAAAACCCCAAUUAUUUCCAUUUUUCGGAACACUGAAAGGGCUGUUUUAAAAAUAUGUUGAACUGUGGAAAUUCCAGCAUAAAAUUCAGAACUGAGAGCCACUCUUUUACAGCCACAGUGUGUGCAAACAGGCAACGUGGACUGUGAAAUCCCAGCUUGCAGCUGAUACACACAAAAAAUUUUACAGUGUGGGUGAAAACAGGACAUGGAAUAAAGGCAGAGCUAGACUACGCUAAACUGCUUCCCACUUCAGUAUUGCUGUUAAGAUUGUGAAUGCAAAGUUUUAUCCCCAGAUCACACUGAAUAAUGGAUAAUACUAGGAGAAGGAGGGGUGCAACAUCAUAGAAGAAAUGCACACACACUCUAUAAAACUGACAGGCAGUCUUGAAGAAUGCAGGAAAACCAUUGAGAAUUAACUCCUGAAUAAGAAUACAGACUGUUUAAUGGAUAAUAUAUAAGGUUUUUGUAGUUAUUAAGGAUUCCAGGACUACUGGAGAAAGAAAACAGAUCAAAAGAAGGAAAAGUGGCCUCAGAUUCAUGUGAGCCUAGAGCCUUCUAUUUAUCAAUACAGAGCACAAGGACCACACAAGGUUAGUGGUGAUUUCUUACGUCUGCAGUCUUAAUUUGCCCAGCUGCAGGGCAAACAUGUGUUCCUCGAUUUUAUCUAAAAGCGCAACAACAAGCAAAGGUUUCUGAUGAUCACAAAUGUAAUAGCACAGACAAGGGCACCCUUUCACACUCAACUUGUGGACUUUUUUUGUAGAAAGCCCUCAUGUCAGACACCAUGCUCUUAACUUGGCAGCGUUCACAGUGGACACUCAGGUUGUUUGUUAUGACACUCGCAGUUUCCACCAGUUACAAAAAAGCUGAAGUGUGGUGGAUUUUGGACUUAAAAGAAAACCAUGUGUAUGUUCUUGAGACAUAAAAGUAAGAUAACGUGACCCCCUCCCAUCCUCUUAGCUUGUUGUUUCCUGCUUUUUAACUUAACCAGGACUACUCCAUCGUUGGACUGGCCUGAGCAUUGCUUCCAACGAACUGCCUCAGUAUUUGGACAUUUAAGAAAUGGUCAAAACUGUCUCAAGCCUCUUGAAAAUGAGUCAGAGGUUAUUCACAGUAUCUAAUGGGAGGUGCAUCUGCUGAAGACUGAAAAACACUAGAUUCUUUUUAUUUAACAUGUGAACAUUAUUUUCCAGAAAUCCUGCUUCCUGAUGAGCAGCAGUAUUUACCAGGUCUAUAUUUACAUUGAACUGUAGAGGACAGCUGAACAAUGCAAUUAUGGAUGUGUAAUGUCACCCCUAAUUACGCCUACAUGGGUUAUUCUGAGAACCAUUUUGCUGAGUCACUCUUUAUCUACGCCUCUGGCACAUCAUCGCCAGCAGUGGACCUCUACAUGGCGCAUUUGGUUUGUUGCUGCGAGGCGAGAGGAUGAAUGGUGCAUUUAUUUUUCUCACCAAGAGACCCAAGCUCUAUCAGUUUUCUCGACAAAAAAAAGAAAAAAGACAAAAGAAAACGUGUCUGUAACUGUGAACAGCACACAUACUUAUUGACUCAAUGGGACAAGGGCUGUCAGCAGCAACACUUCAAUUUACUAAUUGUUUAAUUCUGCUGACCUGUAUGAGUGUGUGUGUAUGAUGUGUGUAUGAUGUGUGUGUGUGUGUGUGUGUGUGUGUGUGUGUGUGUGUGUGCGUGCGUGCGUGCGUGCGUGCGUGCGUGUGUGUGUGCGCGCGUGUGUGUGUGUGUAUUGACUUUAAUGUUUUUCUGUAGAAAGUGUCAGUGCCUCCUCUGGCUGCUAUGUACUACAGAUCUAUUGUAAUAUUGAUAAGAACAGAGACCAGAUUUCCUGGUGCAGGCCUCGCUUUGCUGUCUGUCAUGUGAAUGUUUCACUUGAUGGAGAAAUCAGUGGUUUAUCACUAUGCUGAGAAAGUCUUAUUGAGUUGUAACUCAGUGUUAAUCAGUGAUAUGAAGUACAUGGCUUUUCAGUGAUCACCCUCAAGGGACCAAAGGACCUUAUAGGACACCAGCCUGACUUAGUGAUAUCUGGCUCUGUGUUGCUUUAAUGAAGUAUUACUUUGUAUUUGGUGUAUGUGAUGGGAGGCUAAGAUUGAAAACACUGUAUUAUUUAUUUCAAAAUAUUUUGUGUUUUCUGUUACCUAUUUAUUGAUCAGUUACUGUGCUUUUAUUCUGAAAGUUAAGCAAAGUGGAGCUGAUCAAAGAGCGAGAACACUGUACAGAUUUUUAAUAUCUUCAAUCAGAGCAAAUUUGAUUCAUGCCAUUGAGCUCUUGCUUUGUGAGACUGAGCUGUAUUUGAGUUUGGGGGAUGUUAUUUGUGAUGAACUGAAGGAGCAUGAACUUUGAGUUAUGUGAAUAAUGCAGACUCUACAAUACAACAUUUGUCAUCGUUGUCUCAUCUAGUUAUAGUACAGUAAAAUGUUCAAUCAGAGAUACAAGCACAUUCAUGGAUGUACAAUCUAUCAAGUGUACUGCAGCAGAAAAAUCUCUCCUCACCAGUGCUACUGUUGUCAAAUUUUUCCUGAAAAAGUAAUCGAGCAUGAACAUGUCAAUAGCACCCAUAGCCAGUUUUAGUUGGAUGAUUUGCAGGCUUUGAGCAGGACAUCAAGGCUACAAUCCAUACCACACAGAGCUGCUUGGAGAUUCAAAUGACUGAUUAACCAAAAUGAUUGAGAGUAAGAGCUCUGUGCACUUGUGCACCUAGUCCCUGCCUUCAUCAGAAAUGGUUAUUUUCUCUCCAGAAAUACAAACAGCUAUAGCAAUGCAAUUAUAACAAAAAUAACCACUGAGGUCAUGGAUUCAUGACUGAUUCAUGACUCCAAUAAAUAUCAGUUGUAAUGCUGCUCAGACCCCCCAAAACCAUGGCUUUCUGUGGUGAGAAUGCUGCUUUGUUUGUUUUUCAAAAGUAUGAAUUAUGGCUUAAAGGUGACAGAUGCAGUAAUCUGCCCCUUGAUCACCAUCCUUUUCCCUGAAACCCCCUAUAUUGUCUCUGCCCUGACUGUGUUUGGACCGAACUGCACGGUCUGAGUUUCACAACCUUUUAU